CAGGCUCUCCUCAUAGUGCUCAGAAGAAUCAGAGGAGGCUGUGGAUGAGAUUCUGCUUUACAUCUCUGUAGACUGAGUCGAGGGGGUUUGAAGUCAGCGAGGUGAACGCAAUAUCUCGUCCCUGCUGGUCGGGGUACGAGUAGGGAGCUGGUCUCACCUAACAGAUGUGUCUGGGACACUCCUGUUUAUUUAUUCUAUAAGUUACACACACUUAGAUUCAGAUGAUGGAAGUAAUUGAGGGAUACCGUGCAGACCGAGUGCAAGAGAUGAGGGCUUCUACCCCGCCUGAAGGAUACGUGAAAGAGUUCACCCGCCACUCCAACGACGUGCUACUCAACCUGAAUGAACUCCGGCACCGCAACGUCCUGACUGACACCACCCUGGUCGUGGGGAACGUACACCUGCGGGCACACUGUGCUGUGCUUGUGGCCUGCAGUGGGUUCUUCUACUCGCUGUACUCCCGCCGCGUGCUUCUUCAGGGGCGUGGUAGCAGCGGGGAGCAGCUCGUAUCUGUGUCCCUCCCCAACACCUUGGACCCCUCCAGUGUCUCCCUGCUGCUUGACUUCAUGUACACUUCUCGCCUCCCUCUGACUCCAAGCACUGUCCCAGGAGUGCUCUCUGUGGCAACCUACCUGCAGAUGGACCACGUGGCUGAGACCUGCAGGGACUUCAUGCAGCUGCACUGUAGGGAGAAUUUGAGUGCUAGACACCCACAUCUGGAGCUGGACUCCAGGGUGUCUGUAGCCUCUGUAGCCCCCAAAGGAGGGGACCUCCCAAAUCCAGGACCCCUGAGAAUCCCCUCAACAGCAGUAGCAACAAGCUUCCCUGCGGAUGUCGGGGGCUCUCUGAAGCCAGGGGCUUUCCCAACCUGCCAGCCUGGGUCAAACAUGCUGAAAGGAGAGCCUGAGUCACCCCUCGUGGGCACCCCAACUCCAUCUCCAGACAGUCCUGCCCGCUCCAGCUGCCAGCCAAACUCCCCCGCAGAAUCCAACACCUGCAAGAAAAACCUUGCGACUGACAUCAAAGCCACACCAGACCCAAAGGCCUGCAACUGGAAGAAAUACAAGUACAUCGUUCUCAACCCGCUUUGCGCUUCCACCACUGUGAAGGAGGAGGAGGUGGAGGAAGCACAGAGUCGCUCACCACCCAUGGGCUCGACACCCAAAGAUGCAAAGACAGAGGCGUGGUCUGGAGAAGUGCCUGGUCAGAUUGAUAGACAGGGGCAGGCCUCCUGCUACGAGGGUUCUGGCCGAGCCCCUCCCCUCGGGCCACUCCCCUCUGUGCCACCGCCUCAAAAUGAAGGAGCAGUCUCCCCCUGCACCAUUUUCCCAAAUCUUCACCCAUCUGACCCUGAAGCUGCCCGCCACAGCCAACAUGCAAUCAAGCAUGAGAACUUCUACGUUCCCUACUGCUAUUCUGGAAACCUCCAGGCAACCAAGACAGUCUGCUCAGGUGACAAACCAUAUCGCUGUAACGUGUGCGGCGCCCAGUUCAACCGUCCAGCCAACCUGAAGACUCACUCCCGUAUUCAUUCAGGAGAGAAACCGUACCGCUGUGACACCUGCGGAGCUCGAUUUGUGCAGGUUGCCCAUCUGAGGGCUCACGUCCUGAUCCACACCGGGGAGAAACCGUACCCCUGCCACACCUGUGGGACCCGCUUCCGCCACCUGCAGACCUUGAAAAGCCACCUGCGCAUCCAUACCGGGGAGAAACCUUACACGUGUGAGAAGUGCGACCUCCACUUCCGCCACAAGAGCCAGCUCCGCCUGCACCUGAGGCAGAAACAUGGAGCUGUCACCAACACCAAGAUCCGCUACAAGAUCCUGACUGAGCCCUACCAGGCUCUGCUGCAGGCCUGCUGAAGAGGGCUGACCUUUGACCUUUUAAUCUGCAUCGAAGAAAUCGGACUGAAGAGACAAAUUUGAAAUCUGGCGAAUAAUUACCUUUCACAAUUUCAAUUAUUUUACAGCGUGGGUGUGUGGGCAGUGGGAGGUGACCAGUCAGAGACGAGUGAAGGAAGAGAUGCACACUUUCACAUUUCAUUUAGCAUCAACAUGUUAUGUUUGAAGGGUGGUUUGGAGUUCAAAGCUAAAGAUUUGAAAGUUGUCACUCUGGGUGGCUUUUCUGAGAAGAAGAUGAUAAGAAAGUGUUUGUGAAGGUCUGUGAAGAGAUUGAAUGAAAGGAACAAGAUGUAAAGAAGAAAGUGAAAAAAUGGGGAUGUGUGAAAACUGGAUUUUGAAGAAGUAUGUGGAUGAUUAGAUGGAAGACAAAGCAAGUUUUUUGAAGGAUCGUUUUGAAGUUUUGAAGUUAAGUUUCUGCAGUUAUCUUCAUAAAUGUGUAUUUAACUCAUAUUUAACUUAACCUUUAGGCCUGGGGCCUGUGUGGUCUUGAGAGAAAGCAUAAAGUUUAUUCUUAUACAGUCCAGGCAGGCAAAGGACUUAGCUCUCUUUUAGUGAAGUUGAAAUAUGAAAUGAUAUAUAGUUUUCUGAGAAGAGCGAAUAAAUUAUGAUGACUGUAAGCGAUUGGGUUAAAGAUACUGACUUUACAUUUGAAUGUAAGUGUUAAUUUGCUGGACAAAGAUGGUUUUGUACAACUUCAUUAAAUCUUUUUUGUACCACUUGA